AUGGAGUAUCCACACUUGAAAAUCUGCUUGCUCGAAAAGGAGAAUAAGAUGUCACCACAUCAGAGUGGCAACAACAGUGGUGUAAUUCAUGCAGGGAUUUAUUACACUCCUGGAACCUUGAAAGCGAAACUUUGUGUUGAAGGUCACGAUCUCGCUUACAAGUUUUUCGAAGAGAACAAUUUUCCGCACAAGAAAGCUGGGAAACUAAUCGUAGCUGUUGAGCCGGAAGAAAUACCGCGACUAGAGAAUUUGUAUGAAAGAUCUCAAAAGAAUAAUUGUAAGGAUAUCAAGAUGAUCGAUGGUCCACAAAUAAAGAGUACGAGCCGUAUUGGUCUCAAGGCGCUCUGGUCCCCUCAUACGGGUGUUGUUGAUUGGGGAGAAGUGGCGAGAGCAUUCGCCAAGGAUUUUGAGAAGAGGGGUGGAACUGUUUAUAUAAACUACCCUUUGAAAGAGGUAUCAUCAUCACCAGAUCCGAAUUACCCAAUAGCUCUGCAUUCUACCUCUCAAAAUUGUCACAUCCACGCGAAAAACUUGGUCACCUGCACAGGAUUGCAUUCCGAUCGUGUCGCACAGCUCACUGGAUGUUCACCAAACCCGAAGAUCAUUCCAUUCCGCGGAGAAUACCUCUAUUUGAAACCAGAAAAGCGAUACCUUUGCAGAGGCAAUAUUUACCCUGUACCCAAUCCAGGGCUGCCAUUCCUCGGUGUUCAUUUUACCCCUCGAAUGGACGGCAAUAUAAUUUUGGGCCCUAAUGCUGUGCUAGCUUACAAGCGAGAAGGAUACGGUUAUUUUCAAAUAUCGCCAUACGAUCUCUUCGAUUCUUUGACUUAUAGUGGUAUGCGAAAACUGGUCUUCAAAUAUUUCAAUUAUGGAUUAACCGAAUUAUACCGUGGUAUUUUUAUACAUGCUCAAGUGAAGCAACUACAACGAUUCAUUCCUGAAUUGAAAUUAAGCGAUGUAACAAGAGGCUUUACUGGUGUACGUGCUCAAGCCAUGGAUCCGCAAGGUAACCUUGUCGACGACUUCGUUUUCGACAGCGGUACAGGACCGUUGUCAAAGAUGGUGCUUCAUGUACGUAAUGCGCCAUCGCCGGGUGCGACAUCAAGUCUUGCUAUAGCGAAAAUGAUAGCCCAGGAAGCCAAGACUAGAUUUUCCUUGUAG